AUGGCUAUUCCCGAGUGGUUAACAAAAAAAUAUAUUCAGGAUGUCUUGCAAUCUUAUCACAAGGACUUUACAUUACAAAUAGAAAAAUUUAUUAUAAAAUCAGCAUUUGGUAAAGGAGAAAAUUAUGGGGGUUAUUUAACAAAGGUCCAUGUGGUAUACAAUUUGUCUAAUCGUACACAGCAAAAAGAAAACCAUUUCAUGUGCAAGACCUCAUAUGAUGACGAUGAUGAAUUUUCCAGAGAAAAAAUGGAAUCAUAUGAUUUUUUCAAUCGAGAAAUGUUAUUAUAUGAACAAAUUUUACCUAAACUAAAUGAUUUGCUAAAGGAAAUCAAUGAUACAGAUCGACUAUUCCCAACCGUAUUUCAUGUGGAUUACAACAAGCAGGCUCUUAUAUUUGAAGAUUUAACAGUUCGGGGUUUCGUUAUGGCUGAUCGUUUACAGAGACUAGAUAUGGAUCACAUAAAAUUGGUCUUACGAAAAUUAUCUAAAAUGCAUGCCACAUCAGCGGUAUUUAACGAACGUGGUGGCGGCUGUUUGGAAAAAUAUGAUCGAGGAUUUUUUAACAAAUAUACCGAUUCUUAUAAAUCAUUUUUCGUUAAUUCGUUCGAGGCUUGUGCACAUUAUUUACAACAACUAAAUGAUGAAGAUUUCCAUAAAUAUGCUGAGAAAAUCUUUAACUUGAAACCUUAUUACAUGGAUAUUGGAAGGCGCUGUUUCGAGCCCAAUAAUAGUCACAUAAAUGUUUUAGCUCAUGGUGAUAUCUGGACUAAUAAUAUGAUGUUUAAAUAUUGCUCGGAAACCGGUAAACCUAUAGACGUUCUACUUAUUGAUUUUCAAUUUUCAUUUUGGGGAUCCCCUACUUUGGAUCUACACUAUUUUUUUAAUACUUCUAUUAAAGAACCUUUAAGACUUCAUCAUCAAGAUGAAUUGUUUCAUAUGUAUUAUCAACAAUUUACUGAUGUUUUAAAAAAAUUAAAUUAUAAAUCGAAUCCAAUACCCAGUUUGGAACGAUUUAGAUUAGAAGCCGAAGAAAAGAGUUUUUAUGCUUUCCACUCUUCUAUAGUGGUACAACCUGUUAUGCUAAAUCCAGAUCCUACAGAUGCUGAUUACAACGCCUUGAUGGGGGAAGAUGAUCGUGCAAUGCAUUUUAAAAGUCGAUUGUAUAAAAAUCCUACAGUUCAGGAGAAUUUGAGGGAUCUGUUGCCUAUUUUUGACAGAAAAGGUAAAAUUGUUAAUAAAUAA